AUGUCCACAGCAAGUGAAAAGGCCAAACAUAUUGAUGGUGUGAAUGUACUCAUCUGGGAUGAAAUUUCUAUGACUAGUCAACGACUUUUUGAAUUGGUUAAUGCUUUGCACAAUCGUUUAUUGGACAACACCUAUGCAUUCAGAGGAAUUCAAGUUAUAUUGGUUGACAAUUUUCGGCAAAUAGAACUGCCAAAGAUUUUCAGGCAACAUGACUCGGAGUGCAACUUACGAACUGCGUUGGAUAAGUUACGAGCAGGUGAGUGGGAUGACGACAUGGAACAGUAUUUCAAUUCUUUAAGUAGAGACUUGGGGAUGGUGAGGGAGGAAGAACAGCCGCUGCACCUUUACUUUAGGAAGCUACCAGUAGAGAUUCACAACCAAGACAUUCUGUCAUGCCUACCUGGCCCGUUGUUGAGAUUUGAAAACAGAGAUGGUGGACAUCCCAAGUUACUCGAAAAUUCUAUCAAUAAAGUGUUAUCCCUGAAAGCCGGUUGCAAAGUUAUGUUACUCUUUAGCAUCAAUAAUAACUUGAAGAAUGGAAACCAGGGAAUAUUUCAUGGUAUAAAUUCUGAAAGUGCAAAUGGUGAAGAUCAACUUCUUGUCACCUUCCUGAGGAGAUGAACAGUUAAGAUUGAGCAGUAGACAUGGAGCAGAUACCAUUCCAACGGUUCUGUGAUUGGAACUAGGACGCAGUUCCCACUAACAACAUGUUAUGCAAUGACAGUGCACAAGGCCCAAGGUCUUACCCUUGAUUCAUUAGUCGUUCAUUGCGCACAAGAGUUUGUACCAGACCAAACUAGCUUUGUCGCGAGUGAAAAAAUUUUUAAAACGUCCUCACAUACUAUCGUUAGAUAUUGGUCAGCACAUGAUUAA